AUGCAGUCGGCUUCAAUCGAGCUUAUGUUGAGCCUGCAGGACGCUGCUCACAGCGCCGUCAUCCCCGGCUCGCUGAGUCCGACCACCGGCACCGCCUGGCUCAGUCUAUCUGGAGAGGCUCACUACGCCCUGGCUGCACCGGCCGGAGGCAUCGUGGUGCUCUCUCUGCCGCCGUACGGCACGCAAGGCAGCGUGUCGGUGGUGGAGCUGAAGAGGAGCUCCAUGAUGCGGAGGUUUUCCGGCUGGAUGCCGACAGCGAUCCGUGGAGACCAGAGUCCGUCUGACCGAGCGCUGAGUCUGGCUGUCAGAGAGCUGGAGGAAGACUGUUAUCUUCGCUUGUGUCAGGGACCUGCACAAGCUGCGCGAUGUGGUCCUUCACGGAGCAGGCGUAGUGCUGGAGGCCGAUAUGUUGGACUACAUGCCGCCUGUAAAGGCGCUGAAGCGAACCCUGGUAACGCCAACGGCGCGCCUGGCGCUCUCCCCAACAUCGGUCUGUGUCUCUGCGUCUACCUCGCCGCCCUCAGAGGGGACAGUUCAGAUGCUGCAACUGGUCACCGCAACCAGCUACAGCCUCAACACAUCUCCUCCCUCUUCACCACACAGGAGACUCUUGGUGGAUUUCUCUCUGGCCCCCGGACAGACAUCUGGGGUGUCUGGUGGACAAAUCCAACACCGCCAGCUGCCAAAUACAUCAACUUUGAGGAUAACUCGGCAGGAAACGUACCUGGAGGUUCUCUCUCCGGCCCGGCCACAGCUUCAGCCAUCGUUAAAGCUCUACAGAUCUUCCGGCGAGGCUCGGAGAGGAUCUCUGAUCUGUCCUGGGACAGUCUGAAGAAGGAGGUGACUGUUGCCGUGGAGACCGAGCUGCAGAGCAGCGUUACAGAGUUUGAGUUUUCUCAGGAGGAUUACCGCCAGCUGCAGGUGGAGUUCUGGUCCCGGUUCUACGCCUGCUGUCUGCAGUACCAGGAGUCUCUGUCAGAACCGCUGGGUCUCACUGUCAGCCCAAACACACACAUGGCCUGUCUGCUGAAGAAGGGCUUUGUGUCGUUCCUGCUGCCUUGUUUUGCUGUGGAUCACCUGUACCUGUCCUAUGACGAGUACCUGUUCUCAGAGGAGGAGACGCCGCUCACCGAAGACCCUGAGGUUGGGCGGGACGUCCUGCAGCUGGUGCAGUGCCUGCGUCUGGUCAGUGAUGCUGUUUCUGGAGAGAUGGCAUACGAGAUGGAGAAAGCUCUGGAACACCUUCAGUCACCGGAGAGGGCGGCAGAACUCGUCCUGGAGAACAUGCUGUCCAACGACAGUGAUAAUGUGAUCGAGGACAUCCAGAACAAACUGCAGGACAUCCGUAACCCGCUGGCAGCCAUGAUGGUUCUGCUGAGAGAGAUGGACCUGGAGACGGACUCGGAGGUCGGAGGAGACGCACACCUCACACCUGGUGCGAGUGUGAACACGAGGAUCAGCCUGUCUCAGCUGUACGGCAGCAGCUCGGCUGUUUCUGUCGUCUGUCAGGCCGUCUGUCACAUGACCAUGACCAGAGCGCUGUUCUGCAGAGACCUGCUGAUCCUGCAGAAACUCUACCUGCGCUUCGGAGACAACAACUGCCUUAAUUCUUGGUGGCAUUGAUUCAACA